UGAUCGUGGCAGAGCAGAGAUGUAGUAGCAUAGCUCGCUGGGACUCCGCGGCCAGCCGUCUGUCACUUUUACCAGAAACCAUUUGUCUGACAUCGCCGCGGAAUGGGAAAGAUUGCACGUACUUUUCUGCACCGGUGCACUGUGUGAGUGUGCCGCGUAAUGCGACCGAGGACGGCUGCCUCUGGGGGGAAAUAUUUAUGUUCCGGGACCGUUUUGUUGGAGUAGCUAGUUGCUAGCACUGGGCUAGCGACUGUGCUGGCUACUUCGAGCGUAUUCUGCAAGGAUGCUACGGUGGAUACGACAGCAGCUGGGCUUUGACCCCCCUCAUCAGAGUGAGACCAGAACGGUUUAUGUAGCAAACCGUUUCCCCCAGCAUGGCCACUACAUACCACAACGCUUUGCUGACAACAGAAUCAUCUCAUCCAAGUACACGAUUUGGAAUUUUGUCCCCAAGAAUCUGUUUGAGCAAUUCAGGAGGAUAGCGAACUUCUAUUUUCUCAUUAUCUUCCUUGUACAGUUAAUGAUAGACACCCCAACUUCCCCAGUCACCAGCGGUCUGCCUCUCUUCUUUGUGAUCACAGUAACUGCCAUAAAACAGGGCUAUGAGGACUGGUUGCGACACAAGGCGGACAAUGAGGUGAAUGGGGCUCCAGUGUUUGUGGUUCGCAGUGGAAGCCUGGUCCAGACAAGAUCUAAGAAUAUCAGGGUGGGAGACAUUGUUCGUGUGGCUAAAGAUGAGACGUUCCCAGCUGACCUGGUGUUGCUGUCGUCAGAUCGUGCAGAUGGCACCUGUCACAUCACCACAGCCAGCCUCGAUGGAGAGACCAACCUUAAGACCCAUUACUCUGUGGCAGAGACAUCAGUGUGUCAGUCAGUGUCCCAACUGGAGGCUUUGCAGGCUGUGGUGGAGUGUCAACAACCUGAAGCUGACCUGUACAGAUUUGUUGGUCGUGUUACGGUGACUCAGCAUGGGGAGGAGAUAGUAAGACCGCUGGGUCCAGAGAAUUUGCUGCUGCGAGGUGCCAGGUUGAAAAAUACCAAAGAGAUUUACGGUGUGGCAGUUUACACAGGGAUGGAAUCCAAGAUGGCCCUCAACUACAAGUGCAAAUCCCAGAAACGCUCUGCAGUAGAGAAGUCAAUGAAUACCUUCCUCAUCAUCUACCUGGGCAUCCUGCUGUUUGAGGCCGUCCUCAGCACCAUCCUGAAGUAUGCCUGGCAGGCUGAGGACAAAUGGGACGAGCCCUUCUACAACCAAAAGACUGAACAGGAGAGAAACAGCAGUCCGAUCUUAAAAUUCAUCUCAGACUUCUUGGCAUUUCUGGUCCUCUAUAACUUCAUCAUCCCCAUCUCGCUCUACGUGACUGUGGAGAUGCAGAAGUUCCUGGGUUCCUUUUUCAUUGGCUGGGAUUUGGACCUUUACCAUGAGGAAAGUGACCAGAAAGCUCAGGUCAACACAUCAGACCUCAAUGAAGAGUUAGGGCAGGUGGAGUAUGUGUUUACCGAUAAGACGGGUACGCUGACAGAAAAUGAAAUGCAGUUCCGUGAGUGUUCAAUCAAUGGAACCAAGUACCGGGAAGUUAAUGGCAAACUGGUACCAGAAGGAAUGACAGACGAUUCACCAGAUGGUUCUACACCUCACCUGAUUGGUGAGGAAUUGUUAUUUCUCAAGGCGGUGUCAUUGUGUCACACAGUUCAGAUCAGUUACGACCAGCCAGACUGUCUGGUGGGGGGAGGAGACCCUUUCUCGCAUGCCAACGGCUUCUCUUCCAAUCACAUGGAGUACUAUGCCUCUUCACCAGAUGAGAAAGCUUUAGUGGAGGCAGCAAAGAGGAUUGGAGUGGCCUUCACUUGCAGCAGCGGAGACACCAUGGAAAUCAAAACAUUUGGCAAGUCAGAAAAGUAUAAACUACUUCAUGUGUUAGAGUUUGAUGCUGACCGCAGGAGGAUGAGUGUCAUUCUACAGACUCCCUCAGGAGGAAAAGUACUUUUCACCAAGGGCGCAGAGUCAGCCAUCUUGCCUUUCACCACCAGUGGUGAGAUUGAGAAGACAAGGCUGCACGUUGACGAGUUUGCCUUGAAAGGUUUGCGGACUCUGGUGGUAGCAUGUCGACACUUCAGCCCAGAGGAGUACAUCGAUGUGGACAGGCGCCUGAACGCCGCCCGCACCGCGCUGCAGCAGAGAGAGGAGAGACUGCAGGAGGCCUUCAGCUACAUCGAGAGAGACCUGCAGCUCCUGGGAGCAACGGGGGUGGAAGACAAACUUCAAGACAAAGUCCAGGAGACCAUUGAGGCUUUGCGACUGGCAGGAAUCAAAGUGUGGGUGUUGACAGGGGACAAACACGAGACAGCAGUCAGUGUCAGCCUGUCCUGUGGCCACUUCCAUAGAACCAUGAACAUCUUGGAGCUCCUGCAGCAGCACUCUGAUAAUGAGUGUGCUGAGCAGCUCCGCAGACUGGCCAGAAGGAUAAAGGAAGACCAUGUCAUACAGCAUGGGUUGGUUGUAGACGGGGCCAGCCUGUCUUUAGCAUUGAGAGAACACGAGAAGCUCUUUAUGGAAGUGUGUAAAAACUGUUCGGCUGUGCUGUGCUGCCGCAUGGCCCCACUGCAGAAAGCUAAGGUGGUGCGUCUUUUAAAGACAUCUCCAGAAAAACCCAUCACCUUAGCCAUUGGGGAUGGAGCUAAUGAUGUCAGUAUGAUACAGGAAGCCCACGUGGGCAUAGGUAUCAUGGGGAAGGAGGGUCGCCAGGCCGUGAGAAACAGUGACUAUGCAAUAGCCAGGUUUAAGUUCCUGGCUAAACUACUGCUGGUCCACGGUCACUUCUACUACAUUCGAAUAGCUACGCUUGUACAGUACUUUUUCUACAAGAAUGUGUGUUUUAUCACGCCCCAGUUUUUAUACCAGUUCUUCUGUUUGUUUUCACAACAAACUCUGUAUGACAGUGUUUAUCUGACACUGUACAACAUCUGCUUCACCUCGCUGCCCAUCCUGGUGUACAGUCUGUUUGAACAGCUGGUCCAUCCACAUAUACUGCAGAACAAACCUGGCCUGUACAGGGAUAUCAGCAAGAACUCUAUGCUGUCUUUCCGAACAUUCUUGUACUGGACUCUGCUGGGCUUCUGUCAUGCCUUUAUCUUCUUCUUUGGAUCCUACAUACUGAUGGGAGAGGACACCACACUUAUGGGCAAUGGACAGAUGUUCGGGAACUGGACAUUUGGAACUCUGGUCUUUACUGUUAUGGUCAUCACUGUCACAUUAAAGCUUGCAUUAGAGACUCAGUUUUGGACGUGGAUGAACCAUUUCGUGACAUGGGGCUCAAUUGCCUUCUAUUUCAUCUUCUCUCUCUUCUAUGGAGGCAUUAUCUGGCCGUUCCUGCACACCCAGGACAUGUACUUUGUCUUCGUGCAGCUGCUGUCCAGUGGCUCGGCUUGGUUCGCCAUUAUCAUCAUCGUCAUAACUUGCCUCUUUCCUGAUGUGGUGAAGAAGGUCUUCUACAGACAUCUGCAGCCCACCAGCACACAGAAGAGUCAGUCUCUAUCAGCCCCCCAGGCGCAGGCCCUCAGCUGUGUGGAGUCCCUGUGCUGCUACCAACAUGGGCAGAGUGGCUGUUCCCGCCUGGCCCACUUCCUGGAGCAAAUGACCGGACAGUGCAAGGCCAGCGCCAACAAUUGCCACGCAUCCAGCCGCAGCAACAGGUCUUGGAGCGACACGGAGAACUUCUACUCCAACGAUCGCAGCAUCCUGACGCUGUCGCCCAUCGAGGCCACCCACUGCUGACUCCCAGCGCCACAGACUUUAAACACACAGACCUGGGGGGAGAACUACCACUCCGCUAUCAACCAUACCCACACCCCCCCCAUCCACCCUUCCACCAUUUUGUAAACCUUCUUCAGUGUAAAGUCAGUGCACUCUCAGCUGGAUUCAUCGCAGUCACACACGGGAUAAGAAACCUAAGGACUUGGCUCGAUGCCGCAGGUUGAUUUAUCCUUCACCAGGUUGUGUCCCUGAGCAAAUCAAUUCUUAGAAAGGCUGACAAGAAGAUCAGAUGAGAGCUGCAACAUCGAAGAAAAUAAAACAUGCAAUGCAAGUCAGCCUGGCUUGACAUCUGUGGAGCUGCAGUGCUUCAUGUCAGAAGAUCCAGGUUUUAGCAAGUCCUGUAAAAUCCCCUGAAAACACCUUACAGGAACUCAUUACCUUUAAAAGUGUCUUGAAUGGUUGAAGUUUGUCUGAUCAGCUCUUAGGUCCAUGAGCUCUUACAAAGCUGUUUAUUUUUCAUUUUCAGAUCAGUUGCCAAACAUUUUUUUCUUGCAACUGGCGUAAAAUAGACCUUCUAAGUCUGAUCAGACACAGGAUGGAGAUUCCUGUCUGUCUGCUAUUUUUGCUACAAAGGUACCCUAACCCAGUUGGUUUGGAUAAGUCAACCCACCUCAGCGGUGGUCCGAGACGGUUUGACAAACCAAGAUCCUGCAUGUAGCACCGGGGCAGAAGCUCAGCAAAAUCAGACUGCGUUAUGAGUACACCUCAGAGGUGUCGGCCAGCUCGACAUCACGUUGCUUCCAGAAACUGCUUCGUAAACUUCCACCGCGGGGGUCUCUCAGCUGCAGACCCCACCGCUGCACCUUCUUUCUCAUUCAGACUGAAAGGGAAAAAGCUAUACCGCCCACAGUCCUGUAGCAUCCAAAAACCAUCCUGACCCAGAGGUUCUGCUAACUUGUCUCCUUCAGACUUGCAGUACUCUCUCAAUACUGUACGCGGAGCUUCACCUCCGCUGUGGUACCAAAGACCAAAGGAUUCCGACUGGAGUUUGAAAGAAAAAGUGUUUAUUUUUGUGCCUGAUUGUACAGAAGCUUAUAUAUUGUUGUUAGGAAGACUUGUUAUUGUUCGUGCUGCUUUCUCGUCUGACUGUUCAGGCCUCUUGUCUCCCCGCUGUGUCGCUCGGAAAGAGGCCGGAUGUUUAAAAAGCCAUACAUUUUGAAGAGGUUAUAUUAUUGAGAGAUUACUGAAGGUACUGCAGAUGGAAGCUGUUUGAGCCUGUUGCUACUUUGUACUCAUUCCCCUUGAAUGCCUUUUUCUCAAUCAGCCCGACGACCAGAGGCAUCUCAGCGUUAAAAGACCACGAGGAUCAGGGAGCGCUUUGUUUCCGAUCAGACGACGGCACCGUUUUUAUUUUAAGUGGGACAGAAAUGGCUUUAACGGUGAGAUGCUUUUCCAAAUCGCGGCUGAUGCAUGUCGACACAGACAGCAGAAUGUCUCUAUAUUCAGAUAGAUAAAUAUAUUUCACUUUGAGCAGAUAGGAAAGGAAAAGCAGGGCGUUUGCACAAAUCACAUAUCGAAUACAUAUUAUAUUGGUUUUCAUUUCUGUAAAAAAAACAAAAACAAAAAAAAAUCAUUGUCACCUGUCACCACUGAAAUCAUUUAAUUCAUGUGUUCGCUGUGACAUUGUUUUUGCCAUGUGUGUGUGUAUGUGUGUGUGUUUCUCUCCACCAGCUGUUGAAGUGUGUGUGUGUGUGUUGAAGUUUUUCUGUUUCCUUGCAUGGCAGCCAUGUUGGUUGAAGGAAGUAGAGUUUGUCAUGUAGCUUUGUUGAAUAAUCUCAGCAGCCACAUGCCGCCUGCAGGUCAAAGGUCACAUCUCUCUGCCGCUCGGUUUCCCUCUCUGCUGCUCCAAAAUACGCUGAAAUGAAGAACAUUGCGACGGCUCUUGUUUUGAGGAUGAUGCCAGAAGGUUCCUGACAGAAGUGUAACGUAGAAACCCUUUAAGACAACCGUUUUAAACUUGACAUCCACACAGCAGUAAAGCGGCACGCGCCUCAGCUCACACAGGAUGUUUGCGUUGCUGAGGUUCAAGAUGUUGAGCUUCAAAAGUGGAGCCUGUUCUGUUGUUGUCGGUCAGUUCAUUGAAUAUCCUUGAUGUUUGUUUUCUAUAUGGUACACAUAUGUUCCUUUCUGUUCACACGGGUGCACCUGCCAGUGGAAGUGUCUAUUUAUUAUUGCAAUAUUUUUUUUUCUUUCUGUGCUUGUGUUCAACUUUUCUUACAUAUCAAUGUAUCUGUAAACAGGAUGUUCCAAGAUAUUUAAAAGAGCAAAAGGACGCUUCCAAUUUUUAACCAGUUGACCUCAUAUCUGCUAUUAAAUUAUCUACCUUGAUACGCCUGUGAUCUGUAUCUGGAUUUAUAAAAGUGCAAAGCAAUGUUUUAAAGAAGACCUUCAUAGAUCUCACAAACUUCCCUUUAACUACCACAGAGAGUACAGUUCUAUCAGGUUCACUUUUUGUUUUGUUUUUUUUUUUUACACGUGGUGUCCUAAAGCAGCACCACCCUCGUGUCGCUUUGUGAACCGAAACAGUUGGUGAUUGGUGAAAAAGUUCUUUUUGAGGUGAGCAACAAAAUCCAGUGUCCUUAUUCUGUGCACAUUUAACAGUAUCAACAGUGAAACCCUGAGGAGUCAAGUUGGCUUUUUUUUUUUUUUUUCUUUUCGGUACAGAGUUACUUCUCUGAUUUUACCUAAACUGCUGUUUCCUGCUGAGGUGCAGCACAGCAGUGGUUAAGUUGUGUUUGCACAGAACAAGGAGAAUGGAUUUUCUAGAUAUUGUGACGGCCAGCACGAAUCCAAGCGAGGAAAAACUUCCACCGAACACCUAAUUAUUAUUUUUAUGACAGACUUUUUUUCUUUUCUUUUUUUUAAAGUGAGCUCCUGUUUCAUUUAAUGUCUAAAACCGAUGAUGAGCAGAGCUGGGUGAUGUGGUUCAUCCUAUUAGUCAUAUCAAUCUCAAAUGAAACUUAGUUUGUUCAAAUUUUCCCCUAAAUAAUCACAUUAAACAAGAAUUGAUCACAGCUACAUGAUGUGAUUCUGCUCAAAGGUCAGUGGAUGUCAUCGCUGAAUCAUCACCCAGCUCUCGUGAUGUCAGAUUUGGUAGAAAAAUAAAAAGGGAAAAACAUGUAUCAACCAAGUUAGUAGAACCAUCACCAAAAUGAGACAACCACUAACCUCAGUGUUUUUGGGGCGUCAGUGCUGCGACACUGCUGAGUUUCUGCAUGAUAUGUUCGAGCAGAUGGCAGAGGAGGGAAGUCUAGUGCUUCCCUGCCAAAGGCAAGUGAGACAGAACUGAGCAGAAACACCUGCAGUGUUAGUGCAGAUCUGAUGCCCCCUUGUGCUCAGUGUGGUGACCCUUAGUGUUCCAAACUAAAUAAACAGCACCGCAUGACACGACUAAUCAGAUUUUUAUUUAUUUUUAACUGUUAAAGUUGGGGUAGGCAAGAGGUUUUUUGGCAUCAUUAGACAAAAAUGACGUAAUAACCAUUCAGUGUAUUUUAAUUGUUGGAUGAUUCUAGUCAUAAUCUAAAGAGCAACGAAGCUGGGAGCAGAAUGUGGGCAGUAAAAGGGUUAAACAGAGGAUUCUGCUGGAGGAGGGCUUUAUUUUCAAAUUUUAGAGUUCCAAAUUUUUGUCUCCUAGAGCUUUAUGAACACACAAAAAAAGUGGUGUUUACAGAAUUAAAACAAAUGGUGACGUAAAAAAUAGAAACUACCACCUCCUCCAAAACAUCAUUUCCUUUCAAAGUCUACUUCAGGAUUUAUCACAACCAAAUAAAAGAUAAUUUGUGGAGGUAAAUAAUGUUUUACAACAUUUUUGAACACAUAGUAAAGUUUAGUUAACUAUUUCCUUCUUAAAUGUUUAUGACUUGAACACUUUGGGUCUCCACACUCACACAGGUUAAUAGCAGAAACCAAAAGUACCAUCCAGCCGCGGUUAAAACCUCAAACCAGACAAUCAGACGAGAUGUAAACGCCAGAAGUAAUUCACUCUCAAGCGGCACCAAAGUGGUGUUUUCACAUCUGUUUUGCUCACAUCCAAACAGCUGUGAACAGAUCAUGUGUGGAAACCAGGAGCAGAUUCUCUAAAGCGCUGUGGCGCUGACGUCAUGUGAGCAAGCGGCAGCGGUUUGGAUACAAGGCCUCUGGGGUAUUUCUAGAAGCAGGAGAUUACUCAGCCACAUAAUUCAGACAAGUGAUUUAAUAUUUUAUCACACCUCAGAUCUCUGAUGGUCUUCAUGUCGUCCAUCAGAGGCAACACCUGACUUUCAUUGGAAAUCUUGUUAAAAGAGACCGUGAGCUGUUUUAUAGUCCGUCCACAGGUGUUCCUCCUCUCAGAGAUCCUGUCCACGUAUUAAAGCAGCCCAUCUGUGUCCGAACUGAGCUAAAAGAGCUUUGUGCCGGUUGAAGAGUGAUGAUUCAGUUUAAGAAUUUGUGGUCAUUUGAACUAUAAAUUGUUCUAAAGAUCAACCUAAAUCUUCAUUACGGUCUUUUAAGUUUUGAAUACAGACAGAUGACAUCAGAGCAGAAAAGCUCCUGCACAGACUGGAAUCAAAUUAAGGGUUCCUUGAUCAAAUCAGCUCAAAAAGCAGGAGUCUAAACUGAAAUGUCAAGCGGUCAGUUUAGUGCAGCAGAAUGUUGUGUGAGUCAGCAUCGCCCAGUCAGACACGAGGCUGCUCAUCAUCUCAGUGCUCUGUGGAAACCAUUUCUCCUCCUCCUCCCUCCUCCUCAUCAGUAAAUCGUGUUGCACCUGACAAUUAAUAAGCCACCACCACCAUCGCUCUUCUGUUCCCUGAUAUCUGAUGCUGUUUCUGUCCGUCUGUUCGUCCGUCUGUCCUCCUGUCUGUAAAUCUGUCUUAUAGCUGAAGAUGCGGUUCUAUUUACGAAAUAAAUACAUUUUUCCAGAAA